UUUGGUGGUCGCCUUCAUCCUUCUCAGUCUCGUCGGCUACAUUAAAGAUCCAUCACGCUUUGGCAAGGAUUCGGAACCCAAAACUCCUCCUUUUCCACGCUGACUUUCCGUUGAAAGUACGGAGAGGAAAAUCUAAGCCAAACGCAUCCCUUCUACAAGUAGCUUUCGUCUCACUCUCCUUGCUCCUCCCAUCUCAUCUUCAGUCGAUGCCCACUGGGAUUCGAACAGUGCCACGAUCAUGGUUUCGAGUAAGGAGAAGCUGUGGAGCCGAGCUUGGAGAUGGGUAAAAACUAUUUUUUUCGUUGCCAACAUGCUCGCUUCCCUCUUCUUCGUCUGUGCUCCUCCGCUUCUCGUCGUCUUUCUGGAUCUUCUCAUCCCUUCCGCCCUCCUGGCCGCCGCGGCCGGCGGCUCAGGGGCCCCGAUGUUGUCUGUUCAGCUCAGAAGCUAUCGAUUUGGGGCUUCUUUCGUUGACUUGCCGUUGCUUUCUGCUGCAAGAUCGCUUCUUCUACUAUGUUUCUAUAUGUGUUGGAGUGGGAAGGGGCCGUAUUUAGGAUUGGCGACAGUAUUUGCUGUGGUGUCGGCGGGGUAUGUGAUGCUUAAAGCGGUCGCCAUGUUUGGAGCUGAAGCAGGAACCGGGAGACGCCAUAUAUUGUCGUUUGGGGAGAAGGAGGGGCGGCCGGCGGUGGAGGCUCUGUUCUUGAGCUCUUUUGCUUUGGCCAUGGCUCACCUGGUGGCGGCUUAUAGGACCAGUUGCAGGGAGAGACGAAAGCUGCUUGUUUACAAAAUCGACAUUGAGGCGGUGUCUGUUUACAAUAAUGACUUCAACUACCAUAAAAUUGCAUUAAGCUAGUAAAGAAUGAUGGUCUUAUGGAGAAGGAGACAGUUGUCAUCCUUAUCUGGAAUUUCAGUUUAAAGGCAUGGAGUUAUGAUCGAAAGAGCAAGAGAAUGGUUGAGAUUCUUCACAAUUAUUAUGCACAGCAAAGAAU